GCCAUGUGUCUAGUUUCCUGUGUAGUGGAUCAUAUAUCAACCAUUCCUGACGUUGUUGCCUUCUUAGACAUGUAACUUGAUAGCCCGAUUGUCGUGUGGCGAAUCGAGCAGUUUGCAAUUCACUAGUCGAACCGCUUGUGAUGUUUAGUUAUAUUCAAGCAGUUUAAUGCAUUUCAACAUGGUUUACACAAGAAACAAAACAUUGAAUAAAGCAGAAAUAGUGGCUGCUCUAUUCCUGGCCCUGCUAAACGUGAUAAACAGCAGCAGCAACAUCUCAUGGCAAAACACAAACAUGACGGUCACAAGAAGCCUUGUUUCUUCAGAUUAUUUUGAUAUUUGGAACGACAAAGACACAAAAGAGUGUUCGUUUAAUAUUAUUCCCAAUGUUUGCCAGAGUUACGGAGCAACUGAAGUUAAAAGUAACUGCAAGAUGUCUUGUUGUAAGMGAUGUAUGUGCGAGAGAAACAGGACUUCUUUUCUUGUACAGAAACGAAAGUGUAUAGAAGAUAUCAGCAUUAUGGCACAGUCUCGAGAUCCCUACCAACUGUUGUUUGGCACCUCGACUCGUACACCGUGUGAGAAUAGUUCAAGAAUACUGCARACACUCGACCUCAAUAUUYCUGGAAAUAGAACAUUCUUGAUUUGUUCAAGUGGCGCAGAGUUUAUACCAGCUGGCGUGGAAUCAUGCGCACUUCUACCAGAUAACCACAGUGCCAUAGACACAUUGAACGGGCAGAACGAUUUACCCAUCGAUUUCAAGAAUAGUUUCCAAGUCAGCAAGAAAAAGCUGGUGUUUAAAUGGACUGGGACUAGUAUGACGUCAAUGCAAGCCUCCAUUGUGUCCAUAGGUGUAAAAUGUGUCGUAUAUAUUUUAUCUCGAUUUGGACGCGAGAAUGUCGAUAUUGAAUCAAAACUGUACUUCAAGAUUGCAGGCUCACAUACCAGUCCAUGGCCUCCAGUAUUUUAUAACACAUUCAAAGCACCAAAGCCAACCAAUCCCCCGACUACAUUCACAACACCCACUACCAUGACAAUCUGGACAGAGUACCGGUCCAAGCUAAAUGUGGUACGUGUUCCUGGUAAAGUCGAUAUGUUAUUGGUAAUAGUCGCUGCUGUACUUGGCUCACUUCUCUUCCUGGUCAUCGCGGCUGCUAUUAUCAUCAUCUUUGUAUUUAGACGCAAGCAAAAGUUGAAUAUUUCAGGAGGAAACCACACCAGUAACCCAACCUAUGAACGUGGUCCAGACCAGUCACUUAUACCAAAUGGUCAUCAGWCCUCUAGCUUCAAAUCCCAUUUCUACCAACCGCUGGUUGAAAAYACCAAGGACUCAUCACGUAAAGAACCGAUAUAUGAAAGCCUGGAUGACAACUUACGAGAGAGCAAGGUGUCGCUAACAGAGAAUCCAAACCGAUGCAGUCUUGCCUAUUGUGACGUUACAUCUGAUGGAUACCUGGUACCAGCAACUGGACCAGUCCCCUUUCCUACUAGUACUGAAGCUCUGCCACCCAUCCCAGACAACACUACGCGGCCAAGACUAAGUUCCAGUUACGAUGAACCGGAAGUUGUUCUUAAAGACAGGAAGCCCAAAUUAACCGUUGACUUGAGCAGUGCUGAUGGAAAGCCAAAACCUYUUUAUCAUGAAUUAGAAGAAAACAGCGAAGUGAAAUCAGAUSAACAAGAUAAUGAAGCAGUUGCUGAAAAUCGCUUUGGUAAAAGUCCCACAGAAAAUACCUACCUGGAGCUGAUCGGAGGGAAUAAGACUCGACUAGAAUCAGAGAUACUUUAAGAUAUGUCAUCUUUACCUUUUGAAAGGAGAAACAACUGACAGGACUAGUCGUCGAUAUCAGUGGAAGCUCAGCGACUGUUGUAUACGCAAUAUUCCCCCAAUGACAGCUGCUGAUGGGUUUCUGUUAUAAGGACCUAACACUGGCGAACAGGUUUCUGAGUUGAGGUUACAGGCUCCCGAAAUGGGGUCCUAACCCUGGCCUACAGGUUUCUGAGUUGAGAUUACAGGUUCCCGAAAUGGGUCCUAACCCUGGCCUACAGGUUCCCGAGAUGUGGUCCAUGGCAGUUCUUAAGGACGCAGUCAACUAGACAUAUACUUUUGUUAUCAGCUGUAAAUAAAUAGCACUGCAUGCUAACAUGCUUAUUACAGUUCAUUAUACUAGGCAAUGUAAAAUAUUCCAUAAAAAUAUUAAAUUUCAAAGAACUCCAAAAAUUAUAUUGCUUGCAUGCGAUUAACAGUUUUUUUCGCUCAAAAUAAAAAAUGUAAAAUCAUUA